AGAGGAACCUACGAGACAAGGGAGCUCAGGGACUCCAGAAAGGUCUAUGAGAAAAAGAAGACACACCUGACGUCCUCUGAGAUCCUCGUGUCUCACUGACUCCCAGGAUGCAUUUAAAUUUUAACAGAUUGAUGACAUCACCGCCUGUGUGCACAUGUGCCUGAGAAGCAGGGAGGACCAUGUGUCCAUGUUGAUGUAUUUAUUUCAACACGUUCAGUGUGACGUCUGGAGCAGUGUCAGUAAACGUGUGUUAAUGCUCCACUGCUCCACACGUAGGACUGGAACGUCUUUGUGAGGACCUUUGCUCCUGCGUGACCUCUUAAAAACCAAAGGCAGCAGCAUGUGGAGGUCACUCUGGGCUCAGCAGGAAGGCUGUAGACUCUGCGGUUAACUCCAGCUGUGAAGUUUGUUUCUAGAGAGGAGAGAAAAACCUCCAACCAUGACGACUUUUGAUGACAUCCUGGAGGAAACUGGGAGUUUCGGCCGCAGUCAGAAGCGUAUCUUCGCCCUCUUCUGCCUGGUGUCCAUGCCCUGGGCCGGGGUGUACGUGGGCAUCGUCUUCCAGGGGUACACCCCCGAUCACUGGUGUAAGGACUCUGCUGUGGCGGAGAGGAGGCAGGAUUGUGGAUGGAGUCUGGCACACACUCGCAGGCUGACGGUGCCUCUGGUGAACAGCUCAGGAGCUCUGCAGCAGAGCAGCUGUGAGCAGUACGAUGUGGACUGGAACAACACGGCGCUCACCUGUGACACGCUGGAGCUGGACCUCAGCAAAACCCCCACCACUGGCUGCAAGAACGGCUGGGAGUACGACUACGCAGGACGACAGUCAUUUGUUACUGAGUUUGACCUGGUGUGCUCAGACUCAUGGUUGGUGGACAUGUACCAGGCCACCCUCAACGUGGGCUUCCUGGUCGGCAGUAUCGCCAUCGGCUACCUGGCCGACAGGUUCGGCAGAAAGAUGAGCUUCCUGAUGUCCAGCCUGCUGAACGGGAUCGCAGGAAUCCUGGUCGCGGUGGCUCCAGAUUACACUUCCCUGCUGGUUUUCAGAACCCUGUACGGGUUUGGAGUGAAAGGAGGCUGGGUGGCCGGAUACGUGCUGAUCACAGAGAUCGUCGGGGUGGAGUACAGACGCACGGUGGGAGUCAUCUAUCAGAUGUUCUUCAGUGUCGGUAUCCUCUUCCUCCCUCUGCUCGCCUACUUCCUCACAGACUGGCGCUGGCUGCAGGUCGUCAUCACCUUGCCCUACAUAUUCUUCCUCUCCUACUACUGGUUCAUCCCAGAGUCUCCAAGGUGGCUCCUCUCUCAGAACAAAAAUGCCCAAGCGGUGGCGAUCACCGAGGCCAUGGCCAAAGAGAACAAGAGGACCCUCUCCAAAAACAUCGAGACUCUCACUGACGACAACGCCGACUCCAACACCGCCUCCUUCAUGGACCUGAUCAGAACUCCAAAAAUGAGGAAACACACCCUCAUCCUCAGCUACAACUGGUUCACCAGCGCCAUCGUCUACCAGGGUUUGAUCAUGAGGCUGGGUAUCCUCGGAGGAAACGUCUACAUAGACUUCCUCAUCUCCGGUCUGGUGGAGUUCCCUGCAGCCUUCCUCAUCCUCUUCACCAUCGAACGUAUCGGCCGACGUCUUCCCUUCGCAUCAGCUAACAUCGUAGCUGGAGCCUCCUGCUUCAUCACCGCCUUCAUCCCCGACAGUAUGUUCUGGUUUAAGACGGUGGUGGCCUGCAUCGGUCGGCUGGGGAUCACCAUGGCCUUUGAGAUGGUGGUGUUCGUCAACACUGAGCUCUACCCGACGUUUGUCAGGAACCUUGGAGUGUCCGUUUGCUCCACUCUCUGUGACAUCGGAGGCAUUGUAGCUCCGUUCCUGCUCUACAGGCUGGCCGUCAUCUGGCUGGAGCUGCCGCUUAUCAUCUUUGGGUCUCUGGCUUUCGUGGCCGGUGGUUUGGUGCUGCUGCUUCCUGAAACCAAAGGCAUGCCGCUGCCCGACACGAUCGACGACAUCGAGUACCCAGACAAAUUUAAGGAAAAAGCCGACCUAAAGAACCAACAGCUGUCCAACCUGCUGCCACAGAACAUCAGCAUAUCCACCAACACAGAUCCAGAGACAGUUUAACGUCUGAGACCAGAGUAUUUAUUUAUUGUUGACAUUAAUGCCUGUGGAUGUUUGACGAGUUUAAUCUUCUUUGUGUUUGAUUGUGUGGACAUUCAUAUGACAGUUAUCUGUGGCUCUUAUUGACCAUGGUGUGUUAAGAUGAAGCUGCUCUGUGAUGAGUGAUGUGUGUUCUCUCUUGAGAUGUGUUUUGGUCUAAAUAAGUCAACAGAUGAAGAGUGAUGGGAGGAGUCGUGUGUGUGUGUGUAUAUUGGAGGAUUCAUUGUAUGAUUACUUUAUUAAAUUAUUAAAGAUAUUUCUUCUGUUCAA